AUGGCGCAAUCUGAAGAUCAUGACGAGAGUGAAGAUGAUGAGGAGUGUGAAGGUGAUGAUGAUGAGUGUGAAGGUGAAGAUGACGACGAGUGUGAAGGUGAUGAUCAUGAGGAGUGUGAAGGUGAAGAUGAUGAAGAGUGUGAAGGUGAUGAUGAUGAGGAGUGUGAAGGUGAAGAUGAUGAGGAAUGUGAAGGUGAUGAUGAUGAUGAGGAGGUUGAUGCUACUGCGAAGGGUAAAGAUGACGAAAGACAAUCUUUCUUUCGUAAAAGCAGUUUCAAACACGCAGUCACAUCAUCCUAG